AGUGCAUGCAGAUAUCUUCUAAAAUGUGUCUUACAAAGUAAUUUUAGAUAUCUAUCAUCAAUAGAUAUCUUGCAAUUAUAAGAUGGGGCAUAAUUCAUCUUGAAUCUUGAGUCUUUUGUGUAAAAAAUUGACUGCUGUUUUUAUCAGUCACAAUGACCUCACUUAAGGAGACACUCUGGAUAACCAUGGAGGACCUGAUGGAGGAGGAAUUCAAGCAGCUGAAAUGGCUCCUCCAGCAGGCGGACAUCAUGCACACUCUCAUCCCACAUCUCGAAGACUACCCAGCCAUCCCUGUGAGCCGGCUGGAGAAGGCAGACAGGCAGGACACCGUUGUUCAGAUCAUUCAGAUCUAUGGCCCUUAUGGAGCUCUGGAGGUGACCAGAAAGGUUUUAAUGAAGAUCAACAGAAAUGAUCUGGUGCAGCGAUUACCAAACAUCACCUCAGCACCAAAAGAUGUUGGUGAUGUGGGGAGUUCAGAAAACAGAGAAUCUUCCCCAAUUAAAUCACAAGCCAUGUCUCCUCAACUUUUCCCUACAGACAGUCAAAGUGAAGAUUUCAUGGUGCCAAUACCAAAGCCUGCACAGCCAAUCACAUCAUACCAACAAAUGCUCCAAUCCAAUCUUCAGAAUCGGUUUGUGUGUGUACAAGAAGGACUAUCAGAAAUGGAGGAUAAAAAACUUCUGGAUGAUAUUUAUACAGAGCUCUACAUCACAGACGGAGGCGACAUGCAAAUUAACAGGCAACACGAGGUCAUGCAGAUCGAGAGGGCAUCAAGAAAUCUAGCAGCAACCGAGGUAUCAGUCAAACCCAGCGAUAUCUUCAAACACCAUUCUGGAAAAUACAGACCCAUAAGGACCGUGCUGACCAAUGGGAUUGCAGGAAUUGGGAAAACAUUUCUUGUGCACAAGUUCAUCCUCGACUGGGCUGAAGGAAGAGCCAAUCAAGAUGUGCAUCUCAUAUUCCCCUUCACCUUCCGCCAGCUGAAUUUACUGAAGGGAAAAAGGUUUUCUCUCGCCAAGCUAAUUCAUAAAUGUAUCAUGGAAACCAAGGAGAUCACAGAGGAGGCUCUUAAUUACAUUUUCACAGCACUACAGAUGUCAGGAAACACCAACUAUGACAAGAGUAAAGUUAAACUUCUCUUUGUGUUGGAUGGACUAGAUGAGAAACGCCUUCAACUAGACUUCACUGCCAAAGAAAAAAACACCAUUGAUGUGACAAAGUCGGCUAGGGUAGAAGGACUGCUGACGAACCUCAUUAAGGGGACUCUGCUUCCCUCUGCUCGUCUCUGGAUAACUACACGACCUGCAGCAGCCAGUCAGAUCUUUCUAGAAUUUGUUGACAUGGUGUCAGAGGUGAGAGGGUUCAAUGACCCACAGAAGGAGCUUUAUUUCACCAAAAGAUUCAGUCAUGACGAGCAGGCUGCUAGCAGAAUCCUCUCCCACAUCAAGACAUCACAAAGCCUCCACAUCAUGUGCCACAUACCAAUCUUCUGUUUGAUCACUGCGACCGUUCUGGAAGAUGUGUUGAAAAGCAGUGAGAGAGGAGAGCUUCCCAAGACUCUGACCGAGAUGUACACAUACUUCCUGGUGGUUCAGAUGAGGCAGACAAAAGAGAAGUAUGGCACAAAAAAGAGCAUCCAGUAUAUUCAGUCACUUGCAAAACUGGCUUUUAACCAGCUGGAGAAGAGAAACCUGAUUUUCUAUGAGGAAGACCUAAAAGAGAGUGGGAUUUAUCUCAAUGAAGCAUCUGUGUACUCUGGGGUGUUCACACAGAUCUUUAGAAAGGAGAGCUGGAGGAAGAAGGACAAGGAUAAGGGCAGACUGUUCAGUUUUGUCCAUCUGAGCAUUCAGGAGUUUCUGGCUGCUUUUCAUGUGGCGCUGUCGCUCAUUAACAGCAACAAGAAUGUGAUGGCUGAAUCCCAACCAACGUUUAAAAGUCUGGGGAUGCUUCUCAGCAAAACAUCUGUAACAGAGGUCCAUAGGAUUGCUAUCGACAAGGCCUUAGAGAGUCCAGAUGGACACCUGGACUUGUUUCUCCGUUUCCUGUUGGGUCUUUCAUUGCAGAGCAAUCAAGAUCUCCUGGCAGACCUACUAAAACAGAGAAGAAUUAUCUCAAACAGCAAUCAGGAAACAAGCACGUACAUCAAGGAGAAGAUCAAGAACAAUCCCUCUCCAGAGAGAAGCAUCAACCUCUUUCACUGUCUGAAUGAGCUGAAUGAUCAUUCUCUGCUGGAGGAGAUCCAACAGUACCUGAGUUCAGGAUGUAUCGCCAAAAGAUAUCUCUCUCCUGCUCAGUGGUCAGCUCUGGUCUUCAUCUUAAGGUCGUCAGAAAAACAGCAUGAUGUGUUUGACUUAAAGAAAUACUGUGCCACAGAGGAGGGCCUUCUAAGGCUGCUGCCAGUGUUUCAAGCCUCCAGUACAUAUCUGCUGAGUGGCUGUAAUCUGUCAGACAGAGGCUUUAAAGCCAUCGCCUCAGUUCUCAGCUCCCAUCAAUCUAAUUUGAGAGAGCUGGACCUGAGCAGCAACAACCCUAAUGAUGCAGGAAUGAAACUGCUCUCUGCUGGACUAGAGAAUCCCCACUGUAGACUGGAAUCCCUCAGGUUGAGUGACUGUAACCUCGCAGAGAGAAGCUGUGAAGCUCUGGCCUCAGUCCUCAGCUCCAAGACCUCUAAUCUUCGUGAGCUGGACCUGAGUAACAACGACCUGCAGGACUCAGGAGUGAAGCUGCUCUCUGCUGGACUUGGCAGUCUACACUGUACACUGGAGUCUCUCAGGCUGAAUUUGUGCAAGCUGUCAUGGAUGAGCUGUGAAGCACUGGCCUCAUCUCUUAGUUCACAGUCAUCUUGUCUGAAACAACUGGACCUGAGUAACAACGACUUGCAGGAUUCAGGAGUGAAGGCUCUCUCUGCUGGACUGGAGAGUCCACAAUGUAGACUGGAAACCCUCAGGCUGUCAGGCUGUCUGGUCACAGAACAGGGCUGUUCUUUUCUGGCCUCAGCUCUGAGCUCCAACCCCUCACAUCUGCGAGAGCUGGACCUGAGCUACAAUCAUCCAGGAGACUCAGGAGUGAUGCUGCUCUCAGCAGGACUGAAGGAUCCAAACUGGAGACUGGAUACUCUCAGGGUGGACCCCAGUGGAGUGCGCUGGUUGAAAUCUGGCCUGAAGAAGUAUUCCUGUGAACUCACACUGGACCCAAACACAGCACACCGAGACCUCAUUCUGUCUGAUGAAAACAGAAAAGUGACACGGGCGAGCGAGGAGCAGCCAUAUCCAGAUCACCCUGAGCGAUUUGAUGACUGGUUCCAGCUACUGUGCAGAGAGGGUUUGAGUGGUCGCUGUUACUGGGAAGUAGAGUGGGAUGGAAAGACUUGGGUUGCAGUGACUUACAGAGGAAUCAGUAGACGCGGAGAAGCUGUUGACUUCUGUCUUGGAUGGAAUGAAAAGUCCUGGAGUCUAGAGUGCACUGAUGACGGAUACUAUACUUGUCACAAUAAAAUUCUAACAGAAAUAUAUUUCCACCCCCUUGACUCUACCAGAGUAGCGGUGUAUCUGGACUGGCCUGCCGGCACGCUGUCCUUUUACAGAGUUUCCUCGGACACAUUGACACACCUCUACACCUUCUACUCCAGAUUCACUGAACCCGUCUACCCUGGGUUCUGGAUUGGGUUAAACUGCUCAAUAACCCUGUGUCAGAUGGGGGAGGGAGAUCCAAACACUUAAACUGCUGACUAUAGACAGCUGCUUUAAGGAAUAGUUUGACAUUUUGGAAAAUAUUCGCUUUCUUGCAGAGUGUUAGAAAUGAAGACUGGACUCUAUGACUAGCUGACAGUUAGCUUAACUUAGCACAAAGGCUGGAAACAGGGGGAAACAGCUGGACUGGGUCCUUCCAAAGGUAACUUAAUCCACCUGCCAGCUUCACAUAAUAAAUAAAUAUGUAAGAAGAUCUGUAUUAGUGCUACAUUUUCCAUGCAAUGAGACUGUGCAAUGUCACACAAGCAUAUGUCUAAAUGUGCACACACGGUUUUUCUAAGACAAGCAAGGUGUGAUAUCGUGAUGGGGAACUGAAAAGGUAAGGGUAGCAUUGUUGUUAUAGGUUGUAUUGUAUGGUUAGGUUUAGAUCAAGGUUUGGGUUAAAAUAAUUAGGUCAACGUUGACUUUUUGUUUUACACGGGGCAGCAGCUUUCUGGUUUCUGAAGGUGCAGAAAUAAUGCCAACAAAUCUCACAAGAGUUUUGCAAGUCAAGGGUUACCAUCUAGACACGACCGACCAUGAGGCAAGGAGGACAGAUUUUUUAUUUAAGUAAAUAAGAGAUGUUAUAUUUCUUAUACAAUAGAGAAUGUCAAAAUAUCAUAUGAGAAAUAAGAUGUAUAGUGUUUACUUAGGACCUGAAUGUCACAAGGGACAUAUAGAAAUUAAUUUGCUUUUAGUGUUUAUAGUUUGUGUAAUAUUUGUGGUUUAAAUCAUCAAAAUCAUGACUUUUCCCGAUGUUUAAAGGUACAAAGAAAUCCAGCAUUUAACCUACAAAGCUGUCAAGGGAGAGGAAAGGUUUCAGUCAUAUAAAAGGGUGCGAAAUAUUUUGUUGUAUCCUGCAUGAGUCCUGGGUGCUCAGUGCAGUGUGGAAGCUACUGUGGAUCCUGGGUUUCUUUGGAUUCUUGGAUUCUUGUGUACCUCAGAUACAGUCAAAGGAUGUAUUAGAUGCUCUUCACCACCAGAUGACGCUGUCAUCUAAAGAUCUAAAAAGGUGUAGGCGAGCAACUUUUAAUGGAGGCAAGCCACCAAACACCGCAUUCAAACUUGUGAAUGUUUGGUUCGAAAUGUUUUGAAGUGAUAGAUUUUUUAAACAACUGUUAAUAUUAAUUAAGUAUUAGUGAACAAACAGAAGAAUCUUCAAAAAAAAAUAUUAUUAUGUAAAACUCUUGUGUAAAAUACUCUUUGUAGCACAUUACACUGGAACAUUUUGUCCUCUUUUUCUGUCUCUGCAUUUUAAUGCAUAAUCAGUUAAUUAUAUAUAGGCUAUAUACAUCUAGACACACAUGUAUAAAAUCAUUUUAUUAUUUUUUAAAGCAAUAUAUACCCCUUAGGAUGAUAUAAUCACUGGCCAAUGGUACAUGGUAAAUUCAACAGGUUGCAUUUUCAUUCAACUUAGAAGGACAUUUUGAUCACAUGUCAUUACCUUCUUAUCAACUGUAGGCUACAUGCCUCACUGGGUUCCUCGGUCAAUGGCCUAUCUUUCAAUUUUCAUGUAACAUUGUAAUUAUCACCUUCACAUGUGGAACAAAAAACUGAGAAGACUGCUCUAGCAUAAAGUCUGGAGGAGAAACUGGCCUGUCAAUCAGCAUAUGCUUUGUGAUGUGCAUUCACCCCAUGCAGGUAGAGGCCAGCGAAGCAGGAUACUUAUUUCACUGCGUGAUGCACACUGUCUCUGUUUUUCACAAUACCACAGCAGGGAUUUGCCAGCACUGGUGGAUGCAGGCAGUAGGAGUGCAUUCUGGUUAGCCAGACAAAGUUAGGGUCAAUAGUGUCAACUAAUUUCAACUAAUCCAGUUGUAGUUCUGUUUGAAAAGUAAAUGUUUGCAACAAAGCUUUCUUAUAUUCUUACAAUACACAACUUCAAUCACAUUUGGUUUCAGAAUGUGCUGACUACUGAGAACUGUA